CUUAUCGCACAUAUAGAGAACAUCCUACGACCGUUUCGGAUAGUGACCCAUUUUCGGGCGGGCGGGACGUUUUUCAACCUUUUAAACCACCAGCAGUCACAGUGUGCGGGUUUGUGCAAGGUGAUUUUUUUUCGCUUCGAAGUUUUCCGAGUAUUGGCAAGAAUUUGCCCAUGUGAAAACUAUUCUACGAAUUUUUCUUCGGGCGUUGAACAUCGCGAAUACGACAAGUUAUUUUUGCUAAACGAAUAAAUAGGGAAUAUCAGUGCGAAAAAUUAUAGAUUUUUUUCGUCUGUUCAGUAAAGCAGCUGCAAACUUAGUGUUUCGGGAGGCAAAUUAGUAUGUUAAUGUAAUCAACGUCGGUUGUUUCUGUAGGACUGUUCUAAACGCGGUUUGUGCUACGGUCCGGUGUGAAUUUGAGUGUGUGUGACGGUAAGGAAUGUUUUGUGUGCUGAAAACUUUCCCAGCGUAGUUUUAGCACGAAAGAAUAAAUUGGGGGAAUUAUUCUGAAUUAUUAGUAACGAAACACAUAACUUGAUUAAUAAAAAAAGUUACUGGAAAAAAUUUUCCAUAAAAAGGAAAAAAAAACCUGCGCCGAAAGUGGUAUGUUACGCGAGCAUUUCAUGCAAAUGAAUGAAUAGAUUAUUUAAGGGCAAAGAGAAGAAAAAUACAAUUGCGCUAAAAAAAAACAACAGAACACGAAAAGUGGUUUCAUCCUUUUGUAGUCAGUGUGAGUAAAAUAGAGCGAGAGAGUGCCAGCGUGAUAUCGUGAGAAAGAGACAGAGCGUGAAAUCGUACAAGGUGAUAGAUCUUGGAAAAAAGAAAGUUAAUUAAAAGUUUCCUCUGAAUAUUUCGCUGCGCAUUCAAGUGCUUCCAUUCACUCGUUGUGUGGCGUAUUGUACAGUGCUUCUGCUUUUCCAUACAGAAAAUGUAAAAUCUCUACAAAGACGACGAAUUUACAGCAACAGAAUAAAGGUGUUGCUUAGUAUUCUCACCAACCGCUCGAGGGAGCAAGUGACUAUUCUGGAAACUCGUGACAGCUCUCAUUGCUUGCUUGCUGCAAUUAGUUUUUAGAGGCACAAAUAAAAAACUGCACCCGUUGCAUCAAUUCCAAAAAUAAAGAAAAAAAAAGCACACACAUCGAUUGUGUCGGUUUGCACUUAUACUCCCACUUAGGCUUUCGCACACCAUAAAUCACCCACAUUUGCGAGAGCUUCCGGGGUGUGGGCAUCAAGACCAUGUGAGCAAGGACGUAUCUGGGAUUUCCGCUGGUGCUUGGUUGACAGGAUCAGUACCACGUGAGACACACAGCGGAGAAAGAAAAAGAACAGUGAGAGCUUUAAAAAUAGCUUGUUAAAUAUCGUAUUAGACAGAGUGGUAAGGACAUUACCGAUAAAAACGGCAAAAGGACGGGUUGCAGGGUUGAUAGAGGAAAAAUCUGUAAUAAAACCGAUUCAGCAACAGCACUUAAUCAUCAUUAUCUUCAUUUCUGCCCAUCAGCGGUGAUCAUUUCGGUGUGUACUUGUAUGUGUGGUUAAGUGAGCUGAAUUGUGUGCCAACACUGUGGCUAUCAUCGUCAUCGGAGGUUCUUGGAACAGAGUAAAAGCGAAGCCAGAGGAUACAAAUACGUUCAUAGUAGGACACGCAUCGAAGCUGCCUCUUGAAUUGCACUUUGCUGCUGCAGACGGAAAUCAUUGUGACCGGAAGCUGUGUAUGUGAAUGUGUGUGCAGAACGAGUGACUCGAGCGAACAGAAAGAGUGCUUGCCAAAAGCGUGCACUGGUGACCACGGUGAUGCUGUAAAUUACUUUGAAAGCUACUAAAUAGCAUCGCCUUCAAGAUUCUACCUUUUCUCAAUCUGCUCUGCUAUAUACGAUGUCCAACGACGCACUGUGGGUGUCUGACGCCAUGUUGGAUUCGCUCAGUAUGCAACUUCGGGAUGCUGAAGCUCGCAGAGCGGAAGCGGAACGCGCACAUCAGGAAGCUCUGGCACAGCUGAGAGGCAUGUCUUCCGGCGUCGGGAGGAUAGGAGAGCCGAUGGAUGCGAUGCAAUCGAGGGCACGCGAAUUGGAGAAGAAGGCCGCUCUUGAAACAGUCAGAUGCGAAGAGCUGCAGCUAGAACUAUCGGCGGCCCUAAAAUCCCGUCCCGGCCGAACACCGGCCAGUUCCAGUUCCGGGGGCAUCGGAAGCCUCAAUAGCACAAUCACAAGCAAUUCAUCGGCCAUGGUCAACAGCAUCGGCGGGCUGGGCAUGGUUGGAAAUUCGACGUCACUGGGAACGUCCUCCGCCCUGAGCGGUAUUGGUGGUGGUGGUGGUAGUGGUGGAGGUGGGGGAGGAGGUGGAGGCGGUACUGUCACCUGGGCACCAACUCCGACCCAGCAGCAAGGAACCGAAAUAGAUAGGAUUAUGGCGAAGAUUGAACAGGACAAUCGUAUAUUGGCCGAGUUAGAGCACCCACGAACGACUGGACCAAUAAUGUCAUCAUCGAUGGGAUCUGGUCUCUCGAGUACUGGUCUAGGCCUGUCUCAGCAUCAGCCCCACCUCCAGACAACUAGUUUAACGUCUCACAUGAACAGCACAUCGAUACUCGGUGGGAUGAGUGGACUAACCAACAGUGUUGGGACCGGUGUUCCCAACUCAAUGGGGUUCAAUUCGAUAGGAAUCAGCUCAAUUGGUACAGCAGGUGUUAGCUCCAUGACGGCCGGAGUUAAUUCCAUGCACGUUUCGUCGGUUGGAGUUACCUCUAGCGCCAGCAGCCACGCGUUGACCGACGGACAGUAUAGCGCACUUACAUCAUCAACAGGAAACUCGAAUCCUUACUCAGCAGCUAAUGUUUCACCACUGCCAAGUCGGGCGAAUCCUCUGGGCACUAUGCCACCCUUAUGUCAGAGCUCAACAAUGCCCGUCCUGUCGCUACACAACACCCACUCCAUACCAUCGGGUUCAGCAAGUUACACCCUAGGGCUAAGUGUAGCUCCUGUAGCCCCGUCCUACACAUUUCCAACGCACUCGGCCACGACCGGGGGCCUGGCAAGUGUCCUCGGCAACGUAGGAUCGUCCGGCGUUUCGGGUCUAGGUGGUUUAGGAGGCGGCCUGGGAACUGGCACUGGACUAGGAUUGAGUUCGACCAACCCACUUACCAGUACGUUGGGCACCAAUCUAUCCAACUACAACACAAAUACGUCUUACUCGACGUACACCAAUCCGCUGCUGACAUCCGGUGGUAUCAGCUCCAAGAUGAAACCACUGGACGAGCUAGAUCUGCUGACACGGUAUGGCCAGCGGGGUGGAACGCCUUGUUCGCCAAUUCCACCGGCAAACUGGGGCAUGGAUAGCUACUCCGGCAUUGACGGUGUUAAUCCCGCCUUCAUGCAUACCCAAAAUCGGUCACUAAUAGGAAUGGAACUAGAUGCACGAACGCACGGUUUAACACUGAACGGUACCGGUGAACCGCAAGUGGAUAUGUUAGAUAUACCGGGAAAAGGUAGAUGUUGUGUAUUUAUAGCAAGAUUUUCCUAUGACCCGCCAGAAGUGGAAGGUUCGGAAGGUGAAUUGGCGCUUUGCGCAGGUGAUUAUUUGUUAGUCUGGGGCAACGGUGAACCGCAGGGUGGUUAUCUGGAUGCCGAACUGUUAGAUGGUAGAAGGGGCCUGGUGCCCGCGUCCUUCGUGCAAAGAUUAGUAGGUGACGAUUUGUUAGAAUUUCAUCAGGCCGUAGUGUCGACACUGCGGGAUGCUGAUGAUGCUCCCAUUAACCUCGAACCAGCGCCGUUACCGUCGGGCAUCCCCCAUGUGCCGCACACAUCCGAAGACUUAGCCCGAAUUAGUGAAAGUCAUACCGACGUAGGUCAAGAGUUCGACGACGAAGCCGACACAGUUCCUGCACCGAAACACCUCACCCUAGAACGGCAGUUGAACAAGAGCGUCCUAAUCGGCUGGACGCCACCGGAUCCGCCACUGUGCCACCAGAUCGAGAGCUACCACGUGUACGUAGACGGCGUACUGAAGGUGACUGUCAAGGCGACCGAACGCACACGAGCACUGGUGGAGGGCGUUGAUUCCAAUAGACCACAUAGAAUAAGCGUACGUAGUGUAACACAGAAUCGUAGAACCUCUCGCGACGCUGCCUGUACAAUGAUCAUCGGACGUGAUACAGCACAUUUAGGACCAUCGGCAGUUAGAGCCACCAGCGUAACCUGUUCCAGUGCGGUCAUAUCGUGGCUGCCAGCAAAUUCCAACCAUCAGCAUGUAGUAUGUGUAAACAAUGUAGAAGUACGAACUGUGAAACCUGGCGUCUAUAGGCACACAAUAACGGGGCUGGCUCCCAGUACGCAAUACCGAGUAACGGUACGUGCGAAACAUUUACGUGCGGCUGGUCAGACGCAAACAUCGACUACAGGUCCUCCGCCAGAAGAAGCACCCGGAGCGUAUACCGACUUCAGAACCUUAGCUAAAGGACUGCCCGAUCCCCCACAGGAAAUCCUAGUCGAAGCUGGACCCCAGGACGGUACCCUGCUAGUUACUUGGCAACCGGUGACACGGCCACCCUCGUCCGGCCCGGUAACCGGGUAUGCCGUCUAUGCGGACGGCAAGAAAGUGACUGAUGUGGACUCGCCAACCGGUGACCACGCGCUGAUCGAUAUCGGCAAACUGGUCGGACUCAAUCCCCGAGCAGUGACAGUACGGACCAAAUCCCGCGACUCCCAGUCGGCGGAUAGCACACCAACUAUGAUACCAAAAACAAAUACUGAAAAUGGACUAAACUAUUCAUCAUCAUCACAACAAUCGCAACACAAUCAAGACCAAGUGCGCGCAGCUGCCAGGAAUCGAAAUCCGGGCGGUGCCAUCCAGCCGCAGCCGGGGCACAUGCGGAACCAGCGAAUGAUGAACAAUCAGCAGAUGAUGAACAGUCAGGGCAUGAUGAACAAUCAGAUGCAGCCGAUGAACCCGAACCAAGUGAUUGACCACGACGAGAACCUUAGCGACAAGGAAAUCUAUCCGGGCUCAAUGCACCAGCAGGAGCGUUCUCAACGCGAUUCGAACAGCAGCGGCAUACCGGCGAUUGAAAUCACUAAAGAGGCCGCCACCGAUGUCACCUAUGUUAGUGACGACAGUGAAUACCAAGAUGGCGCUAGCAGCGGUGGCGGAAGUGGGCGUCGUCGUAGCGGCCCUCCGCCACAGCAGCAACAGGGUUAUCGGAACCAGAACAUGUCCGCAAAUCAGCCGGGCCGCCAGACAAAUCCUCAAGGACCAAACCAGCCGUAUUACGGUAACUUAAAUCAACCGCAACCACCGCAACAACAGAUGCAGCAACAGCAGCAAAACCAGCAGCAACAGCAGCAACAACAACCACAACAGCAGAUGGGUCGCAACCUCAAUCAGCCGCGACCGACGAACCCGAACCAACCGAUGCCACCUCAAACGCAACAGCAACGAAUGGGUGGUCCAGUGCCUGGUCAGCAGAUGACACCCCAAACGAUGCCACCCUUUCCACCGCACCUGAUGGGAGCGUCCAAGAAGCCACGCUACUUCAUGGCACUUUUCGACUACGAUCCAGCCACUAUGAGCCCGAAUCCGGACGCUUGUGAAGAGGAGCUGCCCUUCAACGAGGGCGACACUAUACGGGUUUAUGGCGACAAGGACCCAGAUGGUUUCUACUGGGGAGAGCUACGAGGUCGAAGAGGUUAUGUCCCGCACAAUAUGGUUCAGGAAAUUGAAGAUGGUGCUCAGGGUGGCGUGGGUCCUUCGGUUCGCGGUAUCAGCCGAGAUCGAUGGGGUGAUAUUUACGCCAACAUGCCGGUAAAACGGAUGAUAGCUUUGUAUGAUUACGAUCCGCAAGAGCUAAGUCCAAACGUGGACGCCGAGGUGGAAUUAAGUUUCCAAACCGGCGCCGUCAUACUUGUGUAUGGCGAUAUGGACGAGGAUGGUUUCUAUAUGGGUGAGCUGGACGGUGUACGUGGUUUGGUGCCGUCGAACUUCCUCACCGAAGCACCGGAUCAGUACAAUAACCAGGGCCCUACCGCCAAUAGUUUAGCACAGCGUACGCUCAACAGUACCGCCAAUCGGGGCCGGGGGAUAGGACCCGGAGCUCGAGGUCCUCCGCCUCCGCCACGGGACAACAUGGGCGGCAUGGGUGGUUUGAAUCAGCGGGGCCCGCAGCGAAAAGAUGCUCGCCCUUCUUCCCCUACACUGUUAGACAACACGGGCCACCCUGCCCCCGAUCACCAAACGCAGGGGAUGCAGGGGAUGGGAGGGAUGAUCGGUCAAGGAAUAGGGAUCGGUGGUAAUGUUGGCGGAAUGAGUAGUAUGCAACAACAAACGCCACUGCAACAACAACAACAACUCCAACAGCAGCAACAUCAACAACAGCAGAUGCGACAACAACAGCAACCGUCAAUGAUGCAGCAUCAGCAGAUGCAGCAAAUGCAACAACCCCAACAACAGCAACAACCUACGACCACAGCCUCAUCCGGUGGUGUCUUCUCCCAAGCUACAAAUCUGCUAUCCGGAGCCGCCGGUGCUGCAACCGGCGGUCUGUUUGGCAAGAAGCCGGCCGCACAGACCCAGCAGCAGCAGCAACCUGGCGGUGGUCAGAUGAAUCAGCAACCCCAGCAACAACAGUCAUCCGGUCCAUUUAGUAGUUUAGGUAUGAAUAUGGGCAUGGGUGGAGGCCAACAGCAGCAUCAACAGCAACAACAACAACAACCUGGUCAGCCUGGUCAACCGGGACAGCCUGGCCAGCAACAGCAGCCGGGUGGUCCAAAUAUCAUGGGCAAGAUCCAAGAAAUAGCCGCGCCAGGCGGUGACAUGCUUUCCAAGGGUAAAGAGUUAUUAUUUAUGAAAUUUGGACUUGGUGGUAAAUAACCCCAGGCAUUUAGUUCAGAACAUUAUUAUUACCGGUACUGGAACGGUAACGAAGUUAGACUAUACUGUACAUUAUUAUUAUUAUGAAUUACUCUCAACAUUCCGAAUCCUAUGACGAACUCAAUACGGGACGAAGCAGCAACUGCAUCGCACCCGAUAAUGAAAGGAACAAAUAAAAUAGGGCAGUCAGUAAAAGACAAAAGAAAUAAAUCGUUAUCGAUAUAUAGCUUUGGUUUAUACCAAAAAAAUGAGAGCAAAUAAAAAUGGAAAAUAUGUAAAUAUGACGAAAUUUAGAUUUAUUUAGGUUUAAUAGUUUAAUAAUGAAACAAUUAGAGACUAGACAACAAAAAACAAAGACAUGAUCACGCACACGUAUUUUCUGCGAAAUUUUGACAAAAAGUAUUGUUUUCCCAUCUACAAAUUUUCCUCGACUUUGCAUUUGUUUGUUUCACUUUUGGAUGGGAGAAAAUCCUCCGGCCAUGGAAGUGUAGUUGUAACUAUUCAAACGUGUUUUACAUUGUUAUGAAUUUUUUCGUUGUGUCUGAUAUUUUGUUUUCGGUAACGGUUUAAGAAAUUACACAGGAGGAAAGUUAAAAUUAUACAAUGUUGUAGUUAUUAUCGGACAUAAAAGACAAGUUCUAACAUUAAGAUGAGUGAUCAAAAAAACAAAGUGAAUGAAAAGGUGAUAUUUACAUUUAAAGCAAAUCAUUACCCAUAUCAUUCCAUAUAAAUAUUAUUAUAAAUAUAUCAUAUAUAUUUAAAAAAAAGAUGGACAACAAAACAUUCAUGCUUCAAAGUGCUGUUCAACAAUUAGAAUUCACCGACAUCACACCGUUUCAACUAUCCCGUCAUUACUCAUCAAUACACACUAGCAAAUAUGAACACAACAACAAAAUGUUAUUGGAUCGAAACGGCGCGUCUUUAGCACAACAUAAUAUAUUAAUUAAUAACAAAUAUCUUUCAAUAAUAACAAAAGAAACACAACUUGAAGUAAAUCUUAUUACCGUUAUCUUAUUAUUGACUUCUAACUUGAAUUGUGAAUCAAAGAGUAAACAAAUAUCAACUUAUAACAGUGUUAUUAUUUGUUACUGUCUUGGUUCGUUUAUACAAAAAGUCGCUAAGAUGUUGUAUUAAGAAUACCUACUACAAAUCUAAAAGACAGAAAAUAUGUAGCUAAAGCAAAAUUUUGUGUAAUAUACAAAAGAGGGAAAAAUAGCAGACAAAAAAACCAUACUCCAAAACUUUAGCUAUUGGUUUGGAGUUACACUCGAGCAUUGGGUUAGGAGGAGAUUUCGAAACGAAUAGUCGAACACAAAAUUAAAUCAUAGAUUGGCUUGUAAAUAUCAGUACUAGGUCGAAAAAAGUAAAGCAAAUCCAGGCGGACCGAGAGAAUGUUGGCAGUUGUUAACGGGAAGAUACAUUGACGAAAAAAAAACAACAAAAUAUUCCAGGUGAAAUGUUAAGGAAAAAGACGACCACAAAUGUUUACCCACCAUUAUUAAAUUGAGAAUAUUUAUAGUUAUUAAUCAAUCUUUAAAAAUAAACAACCAAAAAAAGCAAAGAAAAACAACAAAAAUAACCAAUUUUGUGGCAUGUCUUGAUGACACGUUGAGAGAAAGAUGGAUUGUAAACAAACAAAAAAAUUGAAAAAAAAAUGCAAAAAUUACAUUCGCAAACAAUCUAAAACACACGACAUGACACAUAAUUAGUGAUCAAGCUAAAAAUCAAUCAACGGACAGCGUAGGAUCUAUGCCUACUGAUUUUUCGUAGGAUCAUACUGGACAGCUCCAGGGAUGGUUGCAAUCUUUUUUCUAAAGAAAAAUCCGUCUAUUUUGGUAAAAGAUUUUGACAACUCAGAUCAAUUUGUCGUCAACAUGAAUUAGAACGAACUAGAUUGGUUGUGUGUUUACAGUUUACCCAAUUGUUUCCAUGAUGACAAAAUGCGUUUUAGUUGUAUUUUUCGGAUUCAGCGAUGAAGUAUCGAUUAACUUAGGAAAAGAGUAUCGAAACUAAAUAUCAAAAUUAUUUGUUUUGGAAAAUUUCGUUCAAACCAUUACAGUCAUGAUUCGUUGGUUGGGCCACAGCCUAUGUCCAACUAACGAAUUUAAUUCGCUAGUUGGACCGACUGACAAAUGUCAAAAACUCCCCAAAGAAGACAUUAGUAGUGAAAAAGAUUGUUAGAUAGAUUGUCAAAGUCAAUUUGACAUGAGAUUUUGACGCUCAGAUGCUUUUUAGUUGGACAAUGGUCCAACUAGCGGAGGUCCAACUAAAAAGCGGCUCAGUUAAAAAGUGUCCAACCAGCGAAUCACGACUGUACUAAGAACAAAUCCCAUCAGUAAAUGAAAGAGAAAACUCUUCUCUUUUCUUUAUUGGCAAUAUCUGCUCUCGACGAGUAACAAAACUUCAAUUCAAAGUGAAUUUUAACAGCUCUCGCGGCUACCCAGUUAAACUCAUUCCGGAACCGGUUCGGACUUCUGAAUGGAGUCAUUAUGGAUUCCAAAUCAAAUGCAACAACCGAUUCCGACUCAGAAUCGGUUGUUGCAUUUGAUUUGGAAUCUAUAAUGACUCCAUUCAGGAUUCCGAAUCAAAUUCCGAAUGGUUUGACCGGGUAAUUGACAGGGCCAAUUAGCUGUGAAAAUUCAUUUUGUGGGAAAAUUGUGGACAAACCAUUAUUCGCAGAUUAUAAAUCACAGCAGUAGACGAAAGAAAAAACUUUUCUCUUUUAUAAAUGUCAACUUCCAUUCUCGGCGAGAUACGGUUUGUCUGGAAUUUUCUCUCAAAGUGAAUUUUAACAGAAUGCUUAUUGACCGUUUUCCAAAAAAAAACACGCGAGAUUUGUGUUGAACGCCCUUACUGUAUACGCUCGUUUAAUGUAACUCAGCAGAAGAAUCAUAGUUACUCUGAGACUGAGUAGUGAAAAUCAAAAUAAUCGAAUCAUCACUGACCAAUGUCUGCUAAUCAUUAUUUGGGAUAUUGGACACAUAUGAAUGCGAGUUUCAUUUUGCAUGUAAGUUGUUCCACUUUUAACAAAAUUUUCUAAGUGUUCACUCGAAAUUGAGUAAAUACCUAUUCAAUUUGGUCAAAAGUGAGACAACCCAUACAAUAAAUAACAUGCAGAAAUAGAUUUGCAUUGACAUUUGUAAAGUGUUUGAAACAACGUUUCUUGACAUUGUACAGGCGCCACACGACUAUUCUGAUUUUCACUACUCAUACUCUGAGUAAGUAUCAUUUGAGCUACAAUCAAGAUCCACUAGUUGGGUCACAUCCUUUGACCAACUAGCCAUUUUUUUAUUCGCUAGUUGAACCAACCGACAGAUGUCAAAAACUCUCCAAAAAGUCGUUAGUAGUCUAAAUGCUUUUGUUCACAUCUCUAAAAAUUGUCAGACUUAUUGUCAAAGUAAAUUCGACAUCAGAUUUUGGCAUUCAGAUGUUUUUUUAGGUGAACAAUCGAUCAACUAGCGGCUGUCAAGUUAAAAAGUGACCAAUCAGCGCAUCACGACUGUAUAAUGAACAAGCGUCUACACGCAUUUCCUCUACAGCUCAAUUCAACCAAAAGCACAGAAAUUAGAAAUACGUUUGAUACCUGAAUAAGAAGUCCGAUCGAAGAAGUCUAUCUUCAUCCGACACAACAUCAUUGAGUCAAAUCUACUCGUUUCUAUUCAAAAAUGAGUAAUAGUAAGAGAGGUAAGUGGAAAUGAUUUUAUACGAAUGUCGGAUAGAGGUAGUUAUAUUGAGCCACCAAAUAAAUUUUACUCAUUUUUGAGUAGAAGUAUUUUUGGUUGCAAUGAGUAGCUAAAAUUAAGCGAGAAGGUAUAAAACACUUUUAUUUUUUUAAAUAUUAUUCUACCGAUUUAGGAUUUUAGGAAAGCAAAUGAUAUUCUGGUUUCAGUUGAAAAUUCAAGUACAGCAAUCAUUCGGUAACUGGGCGCUUUUUGGAACAUUGCAAGCUGACGUCAUCUGAGUAAAAAUGUUCGAAAAAAUGACAGUUCAGCGAGCUUGUUCACAUGGUAUUAGAAUUUAAAAGCAAUUCGAACAAAGGUUGGAUCGAAUAUAAUAAGUCCAUGUAAACUAGCUGUCUAAACUAUCAGAAAAGUGAGGAUAUAUUUUUUCAUGCAAUGUUCUUUAACUGGGCUGCUUUUUAACUGGGCGUUCGGUAACUGGGAUGCAGCAAUUAAACGUCACAAUAUAGACGUCAAACGUAAUUAGAGAUUUUGAUGUCAAAACAAGCCAGGGGCCAGCAGAUGGAAAACAAUAAUGGCAAAUGAAUAACAUUAAUAUUAAUUUUCAUUUUGUUGUUAGUAACUGAAUUAUUGAAAUGUGUAAUCAGUUUGAAUUUAAACAUAAGUUUAGAUAACCUAGACCAUCUAAAAAGGCCCCAGUAAUUUUUAGCAUUUGACAGGUCAGCCUAGUAGCGACCGGCAUUCGCUAACUGGGCUGCAGUAUUAGCCCCGUUACAUGCCAGCUAAUUACAGAAAGUUUGAAAUGUCGUGUAGUUACAAGAACAGACUCAUACCAGUUGAGCUUGAGCUUGUGCGACCACCCCUGGUUGCUACUACGUUAUUGAUUGGGACAAGUUAAAAUUGCAAAGAGAUUCAAAUGGGGUACAAAUGGGAAGGAAUAUUAGUCCGACACUUGCUUUUUCUAGAGGCCGUAUACACCACUGUGCACUCCACAAGUGUCACGAAAGGAGGAAUAUAUUUAGUAGGGGUAGUGAUCCUGUUUAAAAAAUUUGCUAGAAUUUGCGUGCGAUUAUAGUGUUUAGAAGUUUCUGGGCACCCGGCUAACAAGAGACUCAUUAAGAGACAAAAAUACAUUUAAGGACAAUUGUAACGGGGAAUAACGAGGAAAUGUCUAGAAACGUACUUCAUUCAAAUAUUAUUUUAACAGAACAUAAACUGGCAAAAGGAAAGGCACAAAAAAUAGGAAAACAAAUUAUCAUCUGCUGCCUACCCGCAUAAAUGUGUACCAUAUACCAACCAUUGCAUCAAACGUCCCAAAACCGUUUUCAAUAUGGUUCGUUCAACAAUAGAUUAACCAUUGCCUGGUACAAUAUCGAACAUAACCAGUGUCGUUUUUCCAUACUCGACCAUACAAACAACGGGUUGUUAAGAACAGUCACCAUAUCAAAAGGUGCUGCUUUCCAUAUACAUUUUGAGAACAUACCAUUCAAGAACCAUACAGAUUAUGGUGGCAUGCAUAUUUUAGGUUUAGCGAUGGAUAAAAUAUUAGCUGGAGAACAAAAAUCUCUUGCCCUUCCAUUUCAAUUCUAUCGAUCGAUGAAAUAUUAUUUUGUUCACGCCAUUUUCUGAAGAAAGCUUUGGUGACACUAAGUGGACUGAUGACGCUUUAUCCAAUUGAGCUAUCACAGUAAGAUUGUAAGACGAGAAUUUUUGACCAUCUUAAAUUACAGAUUUUUGGAGCAGGUUAAACGGAUAUAAGAAUAACAAAAAUCACCAGAGCAAUACGCAAUACCUCUGGCACAAAAGUACAAUGUAGUAUACAAAUCUUCAAUUUAGGAUCCACGUAAGGUAUUGGAAAUGGUAACUAAAAUGGGUAUAGUAGUAUAACAGUUCAAUUAUAAUGGUGGAACAUAUCAGUUGUAUUCCCAAUAUGGUGAGUAUUACAUGAAUAGUUUGGAAAUGUCUCCAAAGAUUUCUGGAAUGGUUUUUGUUCAUACGGGUAAUUUUUUGCUUUGUCCAUAACAGCCAAGAACAUAUUACCAAUUCAUGAAAAUUACGGAUUUAUAAUUUAAUCCUGAAAAAUCCCAUAACUGCCGUUUGAUGGGAUUAUUUUUUUGCUAAAAACUUUUACUUCCUUUAACAUCGAUCACAACAGAAUAUCACACUUAUAGAGGAGUAUAACUAGUCAGCAACAAAAAUUUAAAAAAGUGUUAUGAUUUUUUUAAUUACAUAACACUGCUAUACACAAAAUAGUUUUAUUUUCUCGUUUUCCUUUGGAUAGUCCACACCGAAUUUUCCGUAACCCACCAAAAGGUGCGGUUGAGUAGCAUAGGGUAAAGUGUAGUGAACUAACUGAGGCAACACCUAAAAAAAAUUAUCGAUUGUAUUCGUGACAAGGAAAAUGAGAUAAUUUUGAGCGGCCAAAAAUAAGCAUAAUCUGUAACUUUGUAUGACGGAUAUACUAGCAAUUUCGCACGGAAAUCGAACUGUUUUAUUACGAAUAAAUAAGAAGAGAACUAAAUAUUUAGUUCAUUAAUUUAUUACAAAAAAUUAGAAUGUCUUAAAAGAGCAGAAAAUGAAGAAAUGAGUCCUGUUUUUGUUGCUUUUUGCAACAUGUAAGCAGGAACUCAGUGGAUCAAUUCUUUGCUUGUACUACCAGAUGCCAUGCCACCCCUAGUAUGGGUCUGUCCGGAGUAAUAAUACAGGGAACAGACGAGCUUUACCUGUUCAGAGAUAAUUGGGGUAUCACCAUCAGGUGUGCCAUUGUCGCCAUUUCGUUUAGUAGGUUAGUCUGACUGAAUAGACAACGGAUCACAUAAUUUUCUAAAUGGCUAACAUAGUUAUGCCUGUUGUUGGGAUAGGCUGGUAUGGCUAACAUCCAUUGUAAACAAUUAAGCAUCAAAUGUCGCGGAGUUAGUCUGUCACAUCGUAGUAACAGUCGCAUUACCUUGUUUUGUCGAAUUCUUUAGUUCAUGUCAUGUCAUGCGCUAUACUGCGUCCUAGUAGCGCGUUUGCAAAACAGGAGAAAUGUUCGCUUGUGUUUACUUCGAUAAUCAACUGAAGCCAGAAUAGAACAGAUUAAAUGUCAACACAAUAUUUUGAUUAGCUCUCAAUCUAAUCAAAAUUAUUUUGUAAGGCUACUACUUUUGCUUGGCAACAUCCUUUUUUUGAAAAUGUGACGUGCCAUUCGAAAAUAGGUUUACUAGGUGCGAAAUAUCGUCAUGUAUAAGAAACCGAAAAAAUCAAAGAAAGCUAUGGAAGUCUUGGUUUAUGACGACAAACGAGUUAAAGCGCAAUAGUGUUUUCUCAUAUCUGUAGAAUACACCUCAUAGCAAUUGAGUUCUUGUCGGCCGGUCUCACGAACACUUAUGCAGUUUCUUAGUUGAAAACAAUCCCAUUUGCUUUUGCCGUUUUUGUUCUUUAUUUUCUACCAGCUAGUGAUGUAAUAAUGCUCUGUGUCACUGUGAAACUUAUUCCGGAGACUACAAUACCGGUUGGAUCCACUAUGCAAAUAAUCCGACUGAAAAGCUUUUUUUAUUUGUUUUCCUCCACCUAUCAAAAAUUAUGACAGGUGGAGGAAAACAAAUCGUUGAACACACUAAUACAGUUACAGAUUGUCAAGUACACUAUUGAGAUAUCUCCCAGUUUAGCCGGAGAUGAGCAAGAAUUCUGGCUGUUUCUAAUUAGUAUUCCGGCUCCAAUGACACAACCGAUUCUAACUAGAAUCGGUUAUGUCACUGGAGCCAGAAUACGAAUAAGAACCAGUCAGCAUUCCGGAUCAUUUCCUGCUUGAACUUUACUGGGCUGACGCUUAAAAUACGCACCCAAAGCUCGCAUUUUUUAUACUACCGUUCGCCAUCUCUAUCGUUUACUAUUUAUCUGCAAGUGUCAUUCCAGUCGAGCACGAGACCUGUCAAAAGCACUCUAUCCAAAGAAAAUCAAUUCGAUUCCUUCUCGAACGAGAACCAUUCACAGGUUUCGUGCUCGAUUAGUAAGAGUAAGCAAACGAUAGAGAUUGCGAGUCUUUAUCCAGAGGAAUUCAGCAUAGUUAUCUGAAAGCAGUUUGUCUGCCUCCCAAUUCACCGUGUAAACGAAUUGUUUGUCUCGCAAAUCAAGCGUCAACGGCACAAUACCAACUCAGCUGGAUCAAUCUAUAUAUCCCCCUUCCCCAGUAGACUUUUCUCAUUUAAAUAGAAUAGAAAAUUUAUGUGGAACGAAUAAUUUUAAUACCACUAGGUAGCAUUUAUUCAACAAUUCAAAACAUAUCUAGCCAAACAAGUCAAAUGGCCCUAACUAUAAAUGACAGUUUCUCUUUGUUUACUUUCUCUUUCGCUAAUAACUCGGCCGUUUAUACAUUUGUUCCUUAACUCUUAGCAUAAUAUGCUUGUCAAAAUCAAAGUUUUUCGGUAUAUCUUGAAACAAUAUUGAAAAGUUUUAUGUUGACGCAGUAAUAAUCGAAAGAGAAAGUAAACAAAGAGAGUCUCUCAUUUGCACUUAGGACCAUUUGACAUGUUUGUCGAAAUAUUUCAUCCUCUUAUCUACCUCUUCUGUGAAGAAGUCGACAUGAUCCUGACAAAAUACGUAUUUAUACAAUUGAAUAAAUACAACCUAGCGGAAUUAAACUGUAAUCUGAUUCUAUCUUUUGUGAUAUGUCAAAAACUGACUAACUGUUAGUCAUUUUUUCCUUAAUGACUAUGACUGGUUUUUCGACCCUAUUUAAAAAAAUGCGAAGCAUAUUGGUUUUUGCCAACCAAUCAGUUUUGUUUUUGUAGCAUACCAGGAGCUUCCUUUAUUACGUUUUUCCUUGAAUCUUACAUUUCAACAUUCAGCGGUAUAGAAAAAAAAUAAAUGAACUGAAGAAAGAAUAAAACGCAACCAUCAAAUAGGCACGGGUUUUUCAAGCGAAAAGAUUGCAUCCAUCUUUGGAAAUGAUACAACUCAACACAAUCAAACGACACAUCUCAAAAUACGUACAGAAACACGUGCACCGUUUGCUAAGAUGAGGUGAGGUAAUAUCAAACAUAAAACUAGAAAAAGCAACAAGUCCGUUGCGCGCGUUUACUGGCAAUCGUAAGUACACACCUUGUUUUAAUCAAAUUUAUAAUUUCGACUAGAAAAACUUAGAGUAAAAAACAGCGGAGUGAAAAGUCGCAGACACGUCAAAUGCUAUCAGAAUAUAUCCAUUUUCGACUGGAUCCAGUUUUGACUAACUCAAUCGGUCCUAAAUGGAGUCUCCGUUGUUUUCUCCCUAUGUUUUUUUUUCUAUUUUAUGAUAUUAUAUAUUAUUUUAUGAUCCUAUAAGAUUAAAUUGGCUGAAAAUAUUGCUACCACAUAACAAAAAGACAGCGCCCGCGCCUGAAUGCGGCUUCUCAAAAUUCAUGCGUGCCAUGCGAUCUCAAUUCAAAACAUACGAUUUGCUUUCAAUAUUUUACCAAAAUUUUUUAACGAGAUAAUCGCACGAACAUUCUCGCUAACUUGCUAGCAUCCAGCUUGAUUACAACACACUUAUCAAAAUUCUUAUUCUCUCAAAUCGGACUAUUUUCCAUGUUCUUUUAGGGCCCAACGACUGUAGCGUGGCAUAAUCUUCCGUCAAAAUUAUACUGCACCCUGCACACUUACUCAUAUGAAACCCAAAAAGUUCUUAGUCUCUGAAAUCGAAGUGGUAGAUAGAUUUGCCUUUAGUAGAACAGGACAUUUUAUUUGGAAUCGAGCCAAAAUCCGAAUUCAACAUAGCCGAAAUGUAGAAAAAAGUGACAACAGCCCUACCAUUAACGACAGCACUUUGACCCUUCUCUUGGGAACUUUUUACGAGACUUCAUCAUAUACAUAACCCAAGAUUAUUAGGUUUUCAUAUCAUAAAUAUCAAAUUACAAAAUAUUCCCUCUAACGAAUGAUGUUGUAGCAUUGAAGAGCAAAGUUUUGUAGCUCUUUGGGAAGCAUUAUUAGGAUAAUCCUUGAGAGAGUAACGCAUACCCUGAAGAUGUCAUCAAACCAUCGAAACGUUGGCAAGCCGAUGGUAUCGUUUGAUAGCGCUCAAACUAAUAUUCUCUAGGUGCAGCAAUAGUGGCACAAAUGAAUCGAGUAUCUAGAAUUACCUAAUUGUAUUAGGAUGAUAUCACUUCAAUGGAAGGAUUGGAAUAGAAAGCACAGGUCGACGUAGUUAAUAGAUUUUGACUAAAUAGAUCAUAAAAAACUACUCAGAAAACUAUCUCGUUUAGUAACUCCGAGUAGACUGGUUGGAAAAUCAUCAUUUGCUUACAUUGGUUUUUCUGAAGUUGACUGCAUAACUGAUUCAUAACUAAGAUGAUGAAAGACCAGAUGACAAUCGCGUGGAAAGCCGGUGGACAUUUUGAGUAUACUUGAUCUUUAUCCUGAUAAACGCAGACCACUAGGACUGCAAGUACUUAGUCAACCAUGGCGGAGAUCUUAGAUAGCCGUUGUAGUUACAAGAUUGUAAUCAUGUGAGAUACAAAGUCGAAAGCUUUUGAAAUGUUAUAAAUUGAGUCCAUUUCCUAACGUUUCUCGAGAUCUGAAAAUAAUAUCAAGGGUGUACUGAAUCAAAUUGCAUCACAAGAAAAAAUUCGUUAAAGCUCAGCCAUUCAAACUCACCCAUUUCAAACUUUUAGGGAAUAAAACAAAACAGAUGACUAAACUCGGUCGGGGAAUUAAGAUCAUCGCGGCAUUUUCUUUGUAAAUAAUCAGUCCUGCACGACAACCGAGGUUCAAUCAGUCUGUAGUUCACAUCGUUGAAGUAAAGUAAGAAGAUCAGGGGUUCAAGAUGGCUUCCUUGCGCUAUGCCAGAUGUAGCUGCAAACGUUUCUGAGUAUUAGUUUUCAAUGUUAACACCUAGCCUACGGCCGUCGAGGUGUAACUGAAGUCAACGAAAGAGUAAACGAUUUGACGGAGUUUAAUCGUUGAGUCAUGUCUCGGUGAAUGCGAUUAUGUCAUAGUUGUGACCGGGGCAAGCCAGACGAUAAGCAUUAGCGCAGAAAUGCACACCACCAACGUCCUGGUAGUAUAUUUGCAUCGGCGACGGUACUACUCUAUUUCGUUGACUGUAAGGUAAAUUAUUAUGAAGAAUUAUCGUCAGUACUUGCCUAAGUUUACAGUCUUGUAAAACCCCUUAACAUUUCUAGUACACAGGGCCGAGACGACUGUUAACGCUGGCUGCAAAUGGCGCAACUGCGCUGGAGGAUUGAGGGCUUCCUGCUUGCUUUCUACGGGCGUCUCGGUGGUUGCGGAUCAUCUUUAGAUUUAUCGUUACAGAUGUUUAACCCUUAAUUGCUUAAUGUUGUUUUAAAACAACAUCCUGAAAAUCGUCAAAAAAUCGCAGUAACGUAUAAUAGCGGUGAGACACAUUUUCACAAAAUUCUUAAAAAAAUAAUUUGCGCCUUUAAGGGUUAACGUAGAUGAGGCGUUUUCCAAAAUUCAAGAUCACGAUUUUGAAGCAUAUGAAUUUUAACCCAAUCAAAUCAACAUCUUUCUUCGCCAAUUUUUUCACUUUCUCCAGUUCACUUGAAGAAAGACAUUCUUUGGCCACUGCACAGAUAUCUUCUUCAGAGAUGCCAAUACCAAUCCGUGACAGAGAAAACUUUAUUGCUACGUUUAUCAGAAGUGCAGCUCUUGAAUUUGGCUGAUCAUUAAAAUAUACUAACUUGUGAGCUGAGGUAUUUAAACCAAAGAUUUUGUGUUUAUUUUCCUACGACUCCUGUAUAAGAGCGAUGUCUAGGUGCUCAUUGGUUAAUUUUCGAACAAGGACACUUGUGGCACCUUUGGUGAGAUAAAGGUUCACUUGGAUGCAGCGAAUGCUGCUCAUUGUUUUGGUGUUCUUCGAUCGUAAUUCUUCCCAGUUAUUUUGCCGAUGGCUAGUCGCAGGCUGUGUGCUGCUCGACAUUCCAGUGGCCUUUAGCCCAGCAUGUGCUUCGGCUCGUGCCUACAGGGGUUUUCCGAUCCUUGUCUUGCGUAGCAGUUCGUGACCGGCAUAGUGUUCUUUUGUGUAUUAGGUUCUUUACUGGCACAGUUAACCUCACUUUUCUUGACAGUUCGCUUGUACUGUUUACAUGGACUUAGAAAAAUUUGUGGACGACUAGAUUCGCUCGAAGAAAAUCGUAAAGAAUUGUUCUAAGUCCAUGUAAACAGUACAAGCGAACUGUCAAAAAUGAACACUCAGUUCAUUUGUGACGUCAGCGUAAAGUAUUCAAUAACUUGUUAGACGGACACUCGUUACCGUUACUGCAGGAUUGCUAUGAUCAGAAGUCCGUCGUGAAGUGUUUCGCGUUAGGCCACCCACAGGUACUUCUGCGUUCUGCGCAGAAAAUGUUGUUCUGAUUCUGCACCAGGCGCAAUCUUACAUGUUUACAUUGUUCUUAGUAUUUUCGGUUUUAUUCCCACGAAUACUAGGGAAAAAGUCAACCCUGUCAAAAUGAGAGCCACGCUUAACAGGGUAAUAGCCAAAUUACUGUUGGGUGCGUCCUGGUGACCCACAGGCUCCGUGCGUGGCUUAGUAUUUGUCAUCACUUCGAAUACUAGUCAUAGUUGUACGUAAGGCUGGAUUUCAAAAUGUGAAGCCCCCCUUGCUAUUCAUUCCUCGGCACAGGUACCGGUCGCUUCACAGGUACCUGUUGGCACCCUCUCACUCCGCUACUACGGCAGAAGGCUGAUUGAACCCGGUGGACGCCGGUCUAACGACCAAAUGUCAUCAACAGGUACGUUGAAGCAUGAGAUAGGAAACUUGUGAGUACCUACUAUGUUAUCUCACCGUUUGACGGCCAACCUUAAGUAUAUCCCAUAGUUCGCCGAACGCUGGUGAAUCCAGAUAAUCAAUUGCACGGUGAAAUACUUCGAAUUGUGUUCUGAAAUUGUUAUGGUAUAUAUUUAGAUUAUUCAUCUACCAAUUUAAUAUAUACCAAACGACAUAUUUAUGAAAAGGGCUGGAUGUCCAACAGUCAAAAUUCACGUUGAACAACGAUUACGGACAAGUGUUCAGAUAACAUCAGCAGAUGAAGUAGAAAACUUUUCUCUUCUGUUGUUUGUCAACGACACUGUUCAGCGAGUAAUUGUUCGUCCGCAAUUUCCCCUUAUUGCAUUGCCUAACGGUUGGCUUUUACGUCAUUGUCAACAUUCUCGCUAAACUGAUCCCAUGAUGCUAUGUUCCAUAGCAGAAUUUAACUUGCUAUUUCGACAGACUUCGUAGCCGAUUCUUGGUGUAUAGCAUCAGACACUACAGGGUUAGCGUUACAAUCUCACUGGCACUAAGAAUCCUUCCUGAUUAGCCUGUGCACGCUGACAAAGUCGACUGAUAAGUCGACAUAAAAUUGACUUUUACUGUGAGCCGUGUUUACCAACAAUGCCACAAAGCUGUGAAGCAAUGUUUGUAAACACGGCUCACAGUAAAAGUCAAUUUUAUGUCGACUUCGUCAGCGUGCACAGCCAAAUUAGGACAAGACUACAGACACUUUAUACACAGACUACCGAAGUGUCAAAAUUUGCAGCCAAUAGGACUGUCAAAAAGUACAGCCACACGAGCAUGAGGGUUUUGUGAGAGGAAAUAGAGAAGAUAGCCCUUGGACAGCUUAUGGGAUCUUCCGUGAUGCCAGUUUACAUUUAUGGUUGCUAGUUUUAUUGUUUUUGUCUCCGCAAGUCUGUGUAUAAAGUGUCUGUAGACAAGACUACACGCAGAAUUUUAUUUAUGCAUCGAUAGCAUACUUUUCUAUCUGCCUCUCGUUUCUUCUGCUGUAAAGCAGAAGAAAAGAGACGGGAAUAGAAAGUAUGCUAACUAUGCAUAUUUUUGUUUCUCAGUGUACACGCAGAACUUUAUUUUUUCAUCGAUAGCAUGCUUUUAUAUCUGCCACUCGUUGCUUCUGCUGUAAAUUUUAUGUGUACACUGAGAAAUAAAAAUAUGCAAAGUUAGCAUAUUUUCUAUUCCCUUCUCUUUUAUUCUGCUGUACUAUUUAUGCAUUUUCUAGCAUAUAUUUCUAGUAAGCAUUCAAUAUAUCCAAUGCAUAAAAUUUGCAUCAGAAGAAACGAGAGGAUAGGAUAGAAAAGUAUGCUAUCAAUGACAAAAUAAAAUUCGGCGUGUAUACUGUUGUGUACUUAAAUAUAAAAUCGGACAGGAACAGAGUACAUAAGAACAUGAAUUACAUAAAGAUUUCAGUUAGGUGUCAUUUGCUCCAAUUGAAAUGAUUAGUACAACAUCAACUAGCAAUUAUUUACAUAACAGAAUAAUUCACAUCAAUAAGUUCGUUUGUUGAAUCAUGAUACAUGGACCGUGAGUUAAACCUCGAUAUGUCAUGGUUUAUUCCAACCAAAAAAAAAAAAUAUGAGCGGACUCACGCUACAAAGUUCAACACCUCACAGGAUUGUUACUCGAACAUUGCACCCCAUACAUGUCAAUCAAUAAAUCCGACACAUAAGCGUGGUACGCUGAACGAACCGAACAAUCUCUCAGUAAUUACAACUAUACGUAGAACUGAAAUUUGGGAACCAAUAACGCGAAAUUAAACGGUAUUAUUUUUUUACCAAACACCGCCCUGCUCAAAAGGACAGUUUGGCCAGUGUGACAGUUAUCAGUUUUUCUUGGCCAAAGCAACGCAAGCAAAAAUAAGGUGUAGUCAUAAUGUUAGUGUAAUUGUACAACCUGUUAAUGUUUGAAAUUUUCUAGAGCAAGAACGAGAUUAGAACGUGACGAAAGAAAUUACACUUUCAUUUCAGGGUUUCUUUCAAAUUUGACGUUACCUUUUCACUCUAUAGUCCAACACAAAAAAAGGAACAAAAUAUUUACUUCACCUCAACUUUCUACAGACUUUUCAGCUAAUUACUUCUAACCAACACAGAAUCACACUCGUAAGAACAUAACAUUUCUAUCAAACACGCAAUGUCUGUUAACAAAGCAAAACAAAACAAACUAAUAAUAAUUAGAGGCCGAAGAAUUGGCGGGAAAUUGAAAACAUGCGGGAAAGCUAAUAAAAGAUACGAUCGGUACAGCAAAGUACCGUGAAAUUAAUAAUAUUUAUUGUUAUAUUGAAAAGAAAAAAUGAGAAAUAAAUAAAUUUAAAUAAUAAAAAUUCAGUUCGGUGCCUUCUGAAUGUUUGACGCGUGGAAUUUACCUUUUAGUGCUACUACAUUCGUCUCGUGCUUUCACAAACUAAAAAAACACUAUUCUUUUGUCCGAGGACAAAUAAGACAAUUCUCCCAUUAGAACGCUUUUCUCGUCGUGAUAUUUAACAUUCUUCUCCGUCUACAUGUGGAAAAACUUUACCAUUGGAAGUUCCUGUGCCAUUUGUUCCAUUUGAAUUGUGUUAUACAUUGCCAAUCGUGUUACUUCCUAUAGCAUCUUAAUUUUAUACAAGGUAGGUUUAAGUUUUGAGUUUUGUUUUUUGAGCUUCGUAGAAUUUUUAGUAGCAAAUCGGCACAAAUAGUCGAGGAACGGUUCCGCUUGUCUUAUUAUUGUUUAUUUCCUCAACCGUGUUGCAAGAAAGAUCUGUAGCUAAAUCGUAUUUGAAUUCAAAGCCAAUACUGCUGCUAUAAGACAAAAGCGGUAGCUAAAAGCGACUAGAGCAGCAAAAAAAGCCGAGAAGUGUGUGUAAAUCAUUACAAUAAGCUAGAAUGAAGCAACGCAAAACAGUGUAUAAAAAGACAAAUAGCGAACUGAAGUGAAGAUGCGUAGUACUUUGUACAUUUAUUGAGAUAAACAAACCGUAGAUAUACAACUAAGAAAAUAUGGGCAAAUAAAAAUACGACACUAUUCCAGAAAAAAAGAAACGCGCUUUUCAUGCUUUUUGUAAAUAUUCACAACGGAAACUUCUUCAUUUUCUACUAACACGUAAACUGAGAUAGCUAUUAUCAAAAACCAAACCAGAAACAUGCAAAAUGGAGCUAAAAGCUAUGACUAUCUUUAUACAGAGAACCAAGGAAGGACCGUGUUAUACAAAAAUAAAUCGUUCGCAUUUUGAAUUACGCAGCAAUGCCUCGAAACGCUUUUCUCUCCAAACCCUGACCACAGGAAAAAAAACACGAAAGUAUACAUUUAUAAUGAACUAUUUCCGCAAAUCACUUCAAAUUUGGCUGAACUUUACUCAUUGCUUUGUUUCAUCUUCUCUUGUACCGAAUGGCGUGAACUCUGUCCAAAAUCAAAGAAUAACGCCUGUAUUCAUCUGUAUAAAUCAAGUCUAUGAAACAACAAGAACAAAUACAAUAAUUAAUUAUAAUGAUCAAUCCAAGGAAAAAAAAACAAAAAAGGCAGCCAAAUUCAAUCUUUCAUCUCUCAAUAAUUAGUUUAGAAGCGGAAUGAAACUAAGACAAACUUAGCGUAGCGAACAGACACGAUACACAAACAGACUCUUUAAUGAAAGUGGCAUGAUUGUUAAUUAUUGCGUACUUUAUUUAUGUAUAAAAACAGAAGAAAACUGAUUAUGUCGCGUGAACCAGUGUUUGACAGGAACGUCAAAAAUAUAUUCUAAUAAAGCGAGAUGAGCGAAAAUACGAGAAAAAAGAAUCUGAGUCGAUCGUUUUCUUCCCUACCGCUUUGUUGCCAUCCAUGAAGCAAACACAUAUCAUAGCAACUCGAACCAGUUCGAAUCGCCAUCAAGCACAAACACUGAUCGGUUCGUUCCAUUCUGCGACCCACUGGACACAUCUCUUGGAACUGUCUCCCUACGUUGUUUUUUGUGUUGAUUCAAAAUUUGAGGUUUUGCAGCGCUCCACUUGGAAUCCCAAAAACGAAUUUGAAGAAAAUGAUCUUUUAAAAGCUAACAGGUUCAUUCGACAUUAAAAAAUUUGUACAAUUUGUUAUACUUACCAUAAUUUUUGAAAACAUCACACAGCAAAUGAGAGCCUCUCUUUGUUUACCUUCUAUUUCCUUUAUCACUGCGCUCAUUGACGUAUAGUGUUAAGGGCGAACGUAAAAAUGAGUGAGUGAUUAACGGAAGAGAAAAUAGACGAAGAGAGGCUCUAAUUUUAAGAAACGAUGUUCUAAAAAUUAUAGUAGAUAUGAACGAAUCGGAAAUAAAGUUAUACGAUUUAAUUAAGAUAAAAAUGAAAACCUAACGAAAUGUUAUUGGAGUGGAGUGUGUUAUAUAAAAUUCAGAAAAAAGAUGCUACGAGUUGAAACUGGUGGUCAAAACCUGAAAUUGUUUCUUAAGCUGAUUUCUGAGAUUAGGUGAAUUUCAGAAGUUAUGCGAAAUUGAGCGGUUUUUAUAACGCGGAUUUCUAAAAUUUUGUGGCGUGUAUACCCACAUAAAAAAAACUUGGUGUUUAUAUAUUUUUGUAAGUCUAAUGCCAUCUCAGAGCAAAUUGUGAGAAGAAAUAAAUAGCUCUUUGUACUUUCCAUACAAUCCAACGCACUUAUCGUACAUGUUUUGCUAUGCCUUGUAUAUUCCGCUCGAUCUUAGUUCUCCGCACUCUUUUUUCCUUUGUCGUUUUGAAAUCUCUGUGCUCAUGACCUGAAUGUAGCUCUUGUAUUUGUGCUUCAUUUCGCAUCGGCACUUUGAGUCCAGUUUCUGAGGAAAUACCAACCAAAUUGAAAAAAAUGUUAUGAAAUGACCAAACAACCUUAUUAACCCAUUCAUGCCCAUGUUGUUUGUGGACAACAACGUUUUUAAACUUUAUAACUUUUGAUUGAGGCGAGAUUUGCUCACAAAAACAAGUAAGGCAAGUAAUGUGAUUAUUGCCUUUAAUUUGAGUACCAACAGUUACAAGGAUCAGCUAUAGAACUGAAGUUAUUGCAAUUAGUCUGAUUAGAUUCCGAUGGAGCAGUGCUGCCAGGGACAGUUUACGUUGACGACGGAAAAUGAUUUUUUCAUAUAUUUACGUUAUGGUGCAAUAAUAUUGAAAACUGAUUAAACUUAUCAAUUUAGGCAGUCGUUGGCUACGUUUUUCACGUAAUUGGACUAUUGUAAUUAUUCUAGGAGAAUUGUAUUGAGCAUUAGAAGGUAAAAAUUGACCAGCUUCUAGCCCUGCCAUGGAAGUAUCUAUCUUUAUGAAAAUAGGUUUUUCGUGUUUCUUGACUCCACCUUUUUCAAGGAAAAAUAGUUUUGAAACUCUACAUUCCCUAGAAAAAAGUUGGGCAUGAAAGGGUUAAUUAUGAAAAUUUAAUGUAUCUUCAAUCGAUUGAAAAAGAAAUUGGUUGUUAGUGCCUGCAAUUUUUAAGAGCUGAAAAAUCUGCCUAAAAGUUACAUCGAUUUUAAGAAUCGAUCAAGCCAACCAGACCCUCUGUAGAGUAAUUAUAUUUAGCCUGCUGUUGACGUUUGACAAACGUGAAAUGAUUACUUUUCCAUCUGCUGAGGAGAGUAACGGUUCGGUAGAAAUUUUUCCACGUUUUUUGAUAGAAGGCUGCCCGACUUGUUUUACUGAGUUCAUCUAGCAUUUCGUCGAGCCAUUGUUCUAUAGGAAACACUCAAAUGUGAAUGAUACAAUAACAAAAGUCAGUGUUUUAUCACUUACACUGUUCAAUUUAAAUCGUUCGAAAAUGAAGAACUGAUUGCUUAUUUAAAUAAGGAGGAACGGUUAGGUUAAAUUGACCACAGAAAUUCACAACAAAAUAACUGUUGUAUAUACUUUAUCACGAUCUUUGUUGAAAAGGUCAUAUGCGAUAGACACUACGCAUAGCAGAGUCAUGAAUUUUUCGUCUCAUCGGAACCGAAUAAAGCGGGAUUGUUACAAUAGUGAUUUUCUUGAUGAAUACGACAAAAUUUUCAAAUAUUGAAUCAUCCUAAUCCAAAACCAUCCCAGCUGAAAUUAACCUUCGUUUACACUUCUUCUGAAUGCCAAGAUCCAUUCAACUGACGAUAGUAGUAGCGUUACUUCGAGUGCAUAACAACAACUCAUAGCAACCAAAAAAACAAACAAACGAUAUAUUCCCAACCAGAAUAAAUAGCAAAACAACAACUACAGAGCUAAGUAGAACAAAGAAAAACUACAAACAGAUCACACACAAAAGUACAUAAAUGCCACACAGUCAGUGAAAACAAAAUCAGCAGGAAAGAAAAAAACUACAAAAACAACAAUAAAACAGGCGGAAACUGAAAGCAGAAAUGCAUCUUUGUAACUAUACUGUUUAAGUGAACAUUGCAAGCAGAAAAAUACAAUAAAAUCGUGGAUGUAUUGAAGACCCAAAACUUAUCACAAAACAAUGGACAAA